CCAUCAGUACCAGCUACUCAUACAAGUCCUCGGCAUGUGACUAAGCUUCACCACCGCGCGAAGCAACCACCAGCCACGCCAUAGCACACGGAGUUCAGCUGAGCAGAGCUGAGACACUGACGAUGAGCGCCGAGGCGGCGCAGCUCCCCCGGAUCGACUUCUCCGGCGUGGACCCGUCGGCGCCGGGCGCCGGCACCUGGUUGGCGGCGCGCGCCCAGGUGGUGGACGCGUUCGCCACUUUCGGCUGCUUCGACGCGCACUACCCAGCCCUGGCCCCGGAGCUCCGCGCCGCGCUCUUUGACGGCGCCGUGAGGCCGCUCUUCGCUCUGCCGGUCGACGCCAAGCGCCGCAACCACUACGGGCCCGACAAGCCCUUCCACGGCUACCUCGGCGAGCUCCAGGGUCUCGACGGCCAGGAGAGCCUCGCCAUCGUGGACGCCUCCAAGCCCGAGGCCGUCCGCGCCUUCGGCGACCUCGUGUGGCCCGGCGGCGGCGGCGACGCCGGUUUCUGCGAGGCCCUCCAUGGCGCGGCGAAGCGGAUGGCCGAGCUGGAGGAGGCGGUGCGGAGGAUGGUGCUGGAGGGGCUCGGGGUGGCCGAGCACCACGAGCCGCUGAACGCGUCGACAUGGCACCUGUUCCGGAUGUGGGAGUACGACGCCGGGGAGAAGAAGGUCAGGCACCCCGGAUCCCCCGGACCCCACCAGGACACCAACGCGCUCAGCCUGGUGUGCCAGCACGAGGUGGAGGGGUUGGAGGUGCGGACCAAGGGCGGGGAGUGGAUCCGCGUCACGCCGUCGCCGACGUCGCUCGUCGUCAUGGUCGGCAACGCGCUCCGGGCAUGGACAAACGACCGUCUGCAAGCGCCAUUUCACCGGGUUACCGUCCGUGGGAAUGUCAACAGAUACUCUGCCAUCCUGUUCUCGAUCCCCAGCUGCAGGAUUCAGCCGCCCGUUGAACUUGUGGACGACGAACACCCUCCCCGUUUCAAGCCAUAUUACCACGACGACUUCGUGCGCUUCUCCGUUUCUGAGGAAGGCGCUCGCCACGAAGAUAAGCUCAAUUCCUACUGUGGAUUAUAGGCAACAGAAUGCGUCUGCAGUUCAGCCCGGUACACCAGUGUGGCCUUUGCUCUGAGAGACUCAGAUCACCCCUGCUAACCAGAAUGUUUGCAAUACACCAUGGAAUACACUUGUUGUAUAUUUAUUGUAGCCUGAAACAUGAACAAUCUGGCAUUCUGGCAGACAUGAAAUAAAUGAAUAAUUUUGUGUUGCGUGUUUGCACUCCAAA